UCCGGUACGUGGACUUGCCCUUAAAGUUGGAGAGCUGACCACCCGCAAAAAUAUUAUUCGGUCAUAUUGAGAAGUAAAUUGUGUUAAACAGCAACGUUAGUCGUUAGCGAUAUUAGUCGCGUGGAUGAAAUAGUCUUUCGGAUUAUUUUUUUUAUUUUGAAACAUUCCAAUUCUGUCAAGGGAAUAAUGAUGAUCACCAGGUCAAGAAAAGGUUUAACUGACCUAGCCACUAAACAGAGCCAUGAAAGAAAAGCAUGCCCUCUACCAAGCCCAAAGCAUCAUGCAGGCAGAAUAUCUGAAGUGGCCCAGUACAAAGAUGAAGUAAAAAGUCAUACAAUGAACACUGAAGUUAGAGCAGUGAGCAGCACUACCAGAAUCAAACCUGCUGCUGUGCUUUCUGAGAGUCUAGAUUCUGUCUUAUCAAAAAACUUUUGCCAGCUAGCACUGGGUGAAAGAAAUCGGAGUGAGAGAAGAACAGGCAAAGUUAACCGGAAGGUCGACAUAACAGCCAUUCAUCCACCAUAUUCUACCAGAAGAGGGCAUUCAUUGUGCCUGGAGGACAUUGUAGGUUUCAUCAAACAGAAGCGCACAAAAAAUAUUAUUGUCAUGGCGGGAGCUGGUAUUAGUACAGCCAGUGGUAUUCCAGACUUCAGAACUCCUGGAACUGGCCUAUAUGCAAACUUGAAGAAAUACAAUAUUCCUUACCCAGAAGCUAUCUUUGAUAUUAAAUUCUUCACCUGUGACCCCAGACCAUUUUUUUUGUUGGCUAAGGAACUCUAUCCAGGAAAGCACAAACCUAACUAUGUACACUAUUUUGUGAGAAUGCUACAUGAAAAGGGGUUGCUGCUUCGGAUGUAUACCCAAAACAUUGAUAGCUUGGAAACAAUUGCUGGAAUUCCACCAGAAAAGUUGGUUGAGGCACACGGAACAUUCUCCACUGCCUCCUGCCACUUGUGUUACACAACGUAUCCAGCUAAGGAAGCAAAGAAAGAAAUAAUGAGUGGAAAGAUCCCGAGAUGUAAAAUGUGCCUUGGAACAGUCAAACCUGAUGUUGUAUUUUUUGGUGAAGAGCUCCCAGAAAGAUUUUUCCUGCACUCUAAGGAUUUCGCAAAAGCAGACCUGCUGAUUGUAAUGGGAACGUCACUUCAGAUUGAACCUUUUGGCAGCAUAAUAAACACAGUCCGACCUACUGUGCCUCGCUUAUUGUUAAAUAAAGACCAUGUAGGCCCCUUCAAGAGAGAGGCUUUGAAGACAACGGAUGUGGUUGAACUUGGGGACUUGAUAGAAAGUGUCAAAAAGUUGGUUUCCAUGCUGGGAUGGCACGAUGAAUUGAAGAAACUGAUGAAGAACUAAGGGCUGGUUCAUGGGAGAUGGCCUCCAGUUAUGCUUUAAAUCAUUUCACAUUUUUUGUGAUAUUCGGAAGACUAUUUUAUAUCUGCCUGUUUGAAGUGUUCUGUAAAGCUUAUAUUUUAAACAAUACAGUGAUAU